AUGCAGUGUUUGUUUUCCUUGGCAUUCCAGCGCGGUUGCAUGGGGCCCAAAAAUAUUCGGAUUAUCCGGGUCCUGCUUGUUUUUGUGCGGAAAGCAGGAAAGAGCUGCUCGCUCGCGGCACUGCAUGGCCGUGAGCCCACAGAAAGCCCCACGCAGGGCCGCACAAAUUCAGUAUUCAAGUGGAAGCUUUUAUUCUUUGCCAAGAGCAGGGUGCUUCCACAGGGUGGCCGCACAGUCUUUAGUGCACUCCCCGAAACGGCAGAAAUGCGUGCGGACUUGGAAAGGGAUUGCUUGAAAAGGAGCAGCGAUGCCCCGCAAAAGAGUCUUCGAAUAUACAAAUAA